GGAUAAGAAGGAUUGGCAGGAGGCCUGACCAGCAGCAGCAGCAGCAAGGGGAGGGCAAACCCAUCGACAGGCGACCAGAACGACGACCUCCGCGUGAGCGCCGCUUUGAGAAGCCCAGCGAGGACAAGGGAGAGGGGGGAGAGUUCUCCGUGGAUAAACCCAUCCUGGACCGACCCAUGCGUGGCCGUGGCGGGCUGGGCCGAGGCCGUGGCCGUGGCCGUGGGAUGGGCAGAGGCGACGGCUUCGACUCCCGUGGCAAACGCGAGUUCGACAGACACAGCGGCAGCGAUAGAUCCGGCCUAAAGCACGAGGACAAGCGCGGUGGCAGCGGCUCACACAACUGGGGAACUGUCAAAGAUGAGCUAACUGAGUUGGAUCAGUCAGCUACAACCGAGGAGACGCCGGAGGGAGAGGAGCAUCCACCUGCUGACUCUGAAAACAAGGAGAAUGAGGUUGAAGAAGUUAAGGAAGAAGGCCCUAAGGAGAUGACCCUGGAUGAGUGGAAAGCUAUUCAAAGUAAGGAUCGUGCAAAAGUGGAGUUCAACAUCCGUAAGCCAAACGAAGGUGCUGAUGGGCAGUGGAAAAAAGGAUUUGUCCUUCACAAGUCAAAGAGUGAGGAGGCUCAUGCUGAGGACUCGGUCAUGGAUCACCACUUCCGCAAGCCAGCGAACGACAUCACAUCCCAGCUGGAGAUCAACUUCGGAGAUCUGGGCCGCCCCGGGCGCGGCGGC